CUGCUGCAGUUUUUUAGCAGGCAGCUGAUGGAGACGCCACAGAGAGAGAGAGGGCGUGCGAGCAGGUGGAGGUGUGGACAGGUAGACACGCGCGCACUCAGAGACUGAAGUUUACCUGCAGACCAGGUGAGAGAGGCAGGCUGGAUCCGCAGUAUGCUGAGGGAGUCCCCUCACCUGGAAAGAUGUACGUGAGCUACCUGCAGCUGGACAAGGACCCCGCCAUGUACCCGCACCAGAACCCGGUCACGCGCCACCCGGGCCUGAGCCUCAGCCCGCAGAACUUCUCGGUGCCCGCCCCCCCGCAGUACCCGGACUUCGCCUCCUACCACCACCACCACCACGGCAUCGGCAACGAGCAGCACCCGGCCCAGCAAGCUCCGCCGGCGGCCGGCGGCUGGAGCCCGGCAUACCCGCCUCCUCCACCCGCGCGGGACGACUGGUCCUCGCAUCCCUACGCGCCUCCCGCGGCCUCCUCCGUGACCGGUGCGGUGGGCACCACCCUGGGAUUCGGGCCCACGGAGUUCCCUGGCCAGCCGCCUGCGCUGAUCCCCGCCUCCCUGAACGCCUCCGCGGGGCCACUGUCCCCCGGCUCCCCGCGGAGGAGGACCCCGUACGAGUGGAUCCGCACCUCCGCGCCGCCCAGCAACCCCAAUGGAAAGACACGAACCAAGGACAAAUACCGAGUGGUUUACACCGACCACCAGCGGCUCGAGCUCGAGAAGGAGUUUCACUACAGCAAAUACAUCACCAUCAGAAGGAAGGCGGAGCUUGCCACGGCACUCAGUCUGUCAGAGAGACAGGUAAAGAUUUGGUUUCAGAACCGGCGAGCAAAGGAGCGCAAGAUCAACAAGAAGAAACUCCAGCAGCCGGCUUCCUCUACCACUACGCCAACCCCUCCCACCGGCAGUAACGGCAGCGGCGGAGGAGGUGGAGGCAAUGGCCUCCAUGCAAAUGGGAGCAGCAACGUCGCAAUGGUGACAAGUAGCAGUGGAAGCAAUGGGCUGGUGUCUCCUUCUCUAGCUCUGAACAUCAAAGAGGAGUACUGAGGACGACGUUUUAUUGGACACGGACUUCGGGGAUGUGGACUAAAAAUCCUGAACUACAGACUGAAACAUUCAUCCUGCACCUUGCUGUUUGCCUUCUUAAAGCUAAAGUUCACUGAAAAUCAGAGAAAUCUCAAUGAGAGAUGUUGCUAGCAACUUCCAGUCCAUCAAAUAAUUCCCUGUUGUGAUUGGACUCUGAACCAAAAGGAAUCUCUGCAGGUGAUUUCCAUCUGUCGAAGGAUUGGUCAGUCGUUAAAGGACAACCACACGAUGUCCUAGACUAACUUUGUGGUGGGUGGAGCUCUGUAUUUGGGGAAAAACACAUUUUUCACCUUUGACAAAGAUGCUGUUGAGCUCAUCACUGCAAAUAUAUAUUUAUAAAACAAGUUUUUUCAAACUCUUUAAACAAAAGCCCGAGUUAAAUAACAGAGGUACUAAAUAUAA